AACACAUAAUUAAGUCGCGCAUUAAUUGUUGGCCGUUACUCUUCUUGGCUGGCAGGUCAGCCUGGCUGGCAGGCUGGACGCUUGAGCUCCCUCCUGCUGGACUGGAUGGUGGGCUUCCCGCUAGGCUGGAGGAAGGCUUCUGACCGGGCUGGAGGCAGGCUCCCGGGUAGGCUGGAAGGCAGGCUCCCGGGUAGGCUGGACCGCAGGCUUCCAGUUGGGCUGGACCACAGGCUCCCAGCUGGGCUGGUGGUCGGCAGGCUCCUGGCUAGGCUGGAAGGUAGGCUCCCCACUGGGCUGGAAGGCAGGCUCCCGGGUAGGCUGGAAGGCAGGCUCCCGGGUAGGCUGGACCGCAGGCUUCCAGUUGGGCUGGACCGCAGGCUCCCAGCUGGGCUGGUGGUCGGCAGGCUCCUGGCUAGGCUGGAAGGUAGGCUCCCCACUGGGCUGGAAGGCAGGCUCCCGGGUAGGCUGGACCGCAGGCUCCCAGUUGGGCUGGACCGCAGGCUCCCAGCUGGGCUGGUGGUCGGCAGGCUCCUGGCUAGGCUGGAAGGCGGGCUCC